UACAAAAGCCCUGGGAGACCGAUGCCCCGCUGUGGGCAUUACUGUAACGGUAGUAUUGUUGAGGAAACCGUUCCCCGCUGCCAUUCGCAGUUUCCGAAAUGGAAGUUCACCGCGUUGUGCCACUGGAUAGAAAACAAGAAGGGGAAACUGCUAGGGUGCCCGAAACUUACAGUAAGCAGAGGAACUUGGAAUUGAGACAAAAACACAUCGGGCCAUCAUGCAAGGUAUUCUUUAAUAAGGAUCCCAUUAAGAUCAGUCAUGCCCGUGGUCAGUACAUGUACGAUGACAAUGGUGAGGAGUAUCUGGAUUGCAUCAACAAUGUGGCCCAUGUUGGGCAUAGUCACCCAGACGUUGUUAAAGCUGGCUCAAAACAAAUGGAAGUCCUGAACACAAAUUCUCGGUUCCUCCAUGACAACCUCAUUCGCUAUGCUGAGCGCCUCACAGCUACUCUUCCAGAGAAGCUUUCUGUUUGCUAUUUUGUAAAUUCUGGGUCUGAAGCAAAUGAUCUUGCUUUGCGAAUAGCUCGACAAUACCGUGGUCAUACCGAUAUCAUUACCCUUGACCAUGCUUACCAUGGCCAUUUGACAUCACUGAUUGAUAUCAGUCCCUACAAAUUCCAUCAGCUAGGAGAAAACUCCCAGAAAGACUUUGUUCACGUGACUCCAUCUCCCGAUGUAUAUAGGGGAAGAUAUAAAGAGGACCACCCAGACCCUGCAUCUGCUUAUGCAAAUGAAGUCCAGGAUAUUAUUGAAAAAGCAGUGAAAAAGGGGCGAAAGAUUGCUGCAUUUAUUGCGGAAUCGAUGCAGAGUUGUGGAGGCCAAGUAAUUCCCCCGGCAGGCUACUUCCAGAAAGUCUCUGAGUAUGUGCACAAUGCAGGAGGUGUUUUUAUAGCAGAUGAGGUACAGGUUGGCUUUGGUCGUGUUGGAAAGCAUUUUUGGGCCUUUCAACUGCAAGGAGAUGAUUUUGUUCCAGACAUCGUCACCAUGGGGAAGCCAAUUGGAAAUGGUCAUCCAAUGUCCUGUGUAGUUACUACCAGAGAAAUAGCAGAAGCAUUUGGAGCUACUGGAAUGGAAUAUUUCAACACUUUUGGUGGAAAUCCAGUGUCUUGUGCUAUUGGACUGGCAGUACUGGAUGUCAUUGAGAAAGAAGGUCUCCAAGAAAAUGCUAUCAAAGUGGGAAACUACUUGGUCAAAUUACUAAAUGAACAAAAGACAAAACAUCUACUUAUUGGCGAUGUCAGGGGUGCCGGUUUAUUUGUUGGCGUGGAUUUAGUAAAAGACAGAAAGAGACGAACUCCAGCAACUGCUGAAGCACAACAUGUCAUCUACAAACUAAAAGAAAAGCAUAUCCUCCUCAGUGCUGAUGGUCCUUACAGAAAUAUUUUGAAAUUCAAGCCACCCAUGUGCUUCACCAUGGAAAAUGCAAAGCGUGUAGUCGAUGCAAUUGAUGAACUUCUAACAGAAAUUGAAAAUGCAGCUGGGAAUUUAGCUAAUACUCAACUUUGCAAGAAAAAGGAGCAGCUUACCGACGGACAAAAUAAACGCGUUCACAAACAGAACAAUAAUGAAAAAUCAGAGGAAGAGUCUAGCAGAGAAGGCCACUGUCAUCUCACUAAUGGAGUUCCAUCUGAUCAAAAAACUGUAACUUGCAGGGAUAGUUAUGUUGUACCAGCUAAAAGAAUUCGAACGUGAUGGUGGUAAAUGGUAGUAUAUAAGACAGGAGUCAGUAUUUAUAUAACAAGUUGCCUCUAGGGUUAUGCAUACAUUCUUGUUAUGGAAGUAAUGCAACACCUAUAUGAAACAAGUAUUCUGACACAUUUUAUGCAUCUGGUUAUCUGUGCAUGUUUUAAAACUUAUUGUGUGAAAAUAAUAUUAAUAAUGUCUAAGACAUGUACAUGAUUUAAAAGCAAUCAUGCAUCCAAUAGCCAAACAAAAUCCGUUAAUAGUGUGAGAGUAAUUUUACUUAUAUUGUCUAAGGCAUGCACACGAUUUAAAAACAAUCAUGCAUCCAAUAGCCAAAGAAAAUCCGUUAACAGAUAAAGCAACCAAGUGUUUUAGAAUGGCUAGUCUAGUUUUUAAUUCACUUCCAUGUUUUAAUGGUUGAAUUUGUAAUAUAUACACUAAAAACCUGAAAGAUGUACAUAAUUUUAAAAAAUAUAAAAUAAGUUGCACAGUUGCCAACAUAAUUUAGAGGGUAACAUUAUGUUUACAUGUUUUCCAAUAAACUAAACAAUGUUGUCUUUAAUAUUGUCUAUGUUAAACAUAUUUUGCAGUUUUGGGGUAAACGUUAAUGGCAUUAACAAAGUACAGCAGGUGUAAAGACUUGCUAGUUUAUUGCACAAGAGGUUGUGAACAAGUUGUCUCCCAUGACAUUUGCCUUCGUUUGCACAUGUUUUAAUAAAUGUGGUAAUGGACUUUG